UUUGUAGUUUCUAACGUGAUAAGGUCGAGUGAUUGGUUGCGCGAAUGUAGCCUUAAAAAAUGUAUUGAAAUAUGAAGGGGUAAAUGAAAGUCUCUUGUGGACACGAUGCCAAGUAUUUCAGGCCAUCUGCGAGGAAAUUGCAUGUUGGAUGUUGAUUAAGUCCAGCUAUAAACACAAUGACAUUGACAAGCAUGUAGCCCAACCCAAAUCUUGUAGGUUACGUUCCAAAAGUCUGUAGUCAUCCCUGACUUUACUAAGGAAGACCAUAAGACUGACCACAAAUGGGUUUUAAUAAAAUCUCACAACUUGUUUAAGUAUUAGUGUAUUACUUCAAUUAUAGUAUCCAAUGUCAAUGGGUUAUGUGCUCACAAUGUUGAAGUUGUGUACUGUUAUCUGUUUCAUUAUAUUUCAAUGGACAUCAUCAGUCAUCUUAGAUGGACUACAAGGCAUUACCAUCCAACGCCAUGAAAGGCCUGGUUUCAUAAGUAUUGAUUGUGGGUCAAAUACAAGCUAUACAGAAGAAUCAACAACAUUAAAUUACACAACAGAUGCUGAUUACAUCGACACUGGUGUUAAUUUUGAUGUAUCUGAAAAAUACAAGUCUUCAGGACUGACGCCGCUUCUGUACACUGUCAGAAGCUUUCCUGAGGGAAACAAGAACUGCUACACUCUAAGACAAGCACAAGGCAGAGACACCAAAUAUUUGAUUAGAACUUAUUUUAUGUAUGGAAACUAUGAUCAACUAAACAAACCUCCAACAUUUGAUCUACACCUUGGUGUUGAUGUUUGGCUUACAAUACAGUUAGACAACUCAUCUCAUAUAUUGGUGAAGGAGAUAAUUCACACACUCAAAAUGGAUUAUUUGUACGUUUGCCUCGCUAAUACAGGGCUUGGAACGCCAUUUAUAUCAGGAUUAGAGUUAAGGCCUCUUAUUGAUUCCAUCUAUAAGACAGAUUUCGGGUCACUAAAUCUUUGCUAUCGAUAUCAUACUUCCAAUCAACCAUAUGUUAUAAGAUACAACGAUGAUGUCUUUGACCGCAUCUGGCAAUCUGCAAACUGGCCUAAUGUGAGCAUAACUCAGUCCCAUUCAGAGAUUGCUUCUCAUAAAGAUGCGUUUUUACUACCAUCAUCUGUUAUGAAAGCAGCGAUUAUGCCCGAAAAUGUCGAUCAACCAAUUCAACUCAUAAUGAACGUGGAUCAUGAGAUCACUGAAUACUACUGCUUAUUGCAUGUAACUGAGUUUUUAAUGCUUCAGACUGGUGAAGUCAGAGAAUACAACAUUGCUAUCAACCACGGGCCAUUUUACGGACCUUACAAACCAUCGUACUUAGAAGCUGACACCAUAUACAGCACCAAACCAUUUAUUUCUGGCUCGUUUGUAAAUAUUACAAUCAAGAGAAACAAUCGAUCCACCCUUCCUCCACUUAUAAGUGCUGUAGAGUUAUAUAGUCUUAAAAGGUUCUCACAACUUUCAACAAAUGAAGCAGAUGUUCUCGCAAUCACGAAUACCAAGUCAUUCUAUAAGAAGAUGAAGAACUGGCAAGGUGAUCCAUGCAUGCCAGAACCUUAUUCAUGGCCUGGUGUGGGCUGCAGCUAUAACACCUCUGAGUCCAGCAGAAUUAUAUCACUGAAUCUUAGUUCAAAAGGACUAACAGGAUAUAUUGCAGCAUCAUUUGCAGAUCUCACAUCACUACAAAGCUUGGAUUUGUCAAACAAUAAUUUAACCGGCCAGAUACCUGAGUUUCUUGCAGACUUACCAUUGUUGAAAACCUUGAACGUAUGCAGGAAUCUUUCAGGAAACAGCAUCACCGGUUCAGUUCCUGAACUUCUGUUGGAGAAAACCGCAGCAGGGUCACUCUCUUUGAGCGUGGAAAACAAUCCUGGUCUUUGUCCGAGCACAUCAUGCACUUCGAAGAAGCAAAAAAAAGUACCUGUAGCUCUUUUUGCUGUAAUUGCCUCUAUAGUUAUCCUUGUAGCAGGAUUCAACAUUUGUUGUAUGUACAAAAUGAAAAGUAGAAGAAGCCAUGGAAGUCUAGCUGCGGGACACCCUUCAAAUUCAGUAAACAGCAAAGGGAAGGGUGUAUUUACACGGUUCACUUAUUCCGAACUAACAAGCAUUACCAGAGGCUUUCAAAGUGAACUAGGGAAAGGUGGAUCUGCUGUAGUUUACUACGGUUGUCUAAAUGAUGGCUUGGAAGUGGCGGUCAAGAUGUUGUCUGCAACAGUUCAUGGUUCGGAACAGUUUAGUGCAGAGGUUGAGCUCUUAAUGGCUAUUCGCCAUAAGAACUUGGUUUCUCUAGUCGGUUACUGUAAAGAAGGAUCAAACUUAGCUCUAGUUUAUGAGUUCAUGGCAGCCGGAAACUUGCACAAUCUUCUCUUAGCUACAACGUCUUUGAGUUGGAAAAAGAGGCUUAAGAUUGCAGUUGACAUUGCACAAGGACUCGAUUACUUGCACAACGGUUGCAGACCACCAAUAGUUCAUAGAGAUGUUAAAACCCAAAAUAUCUUAUUAAAUGAAACUCUUCAGGCAAAGGUUGCUGAUUUUGGCUUGUCAAAAAUUUUCCCAGAUGGAAGUAAUUCUCACGUACUAACAAGAGUGAUAGGCACACCAGGUUAUCUUGAUCCAGAGUAUUACAAAACUCAUCAGCUGAACGAGAAAAGUGACGUAUACAGUUACGGGGUAGUCCUAUUAGAAUUGAUCACAGGAAAGGCUGCAAUCUUGAAAAAUAGGGAGCGAACUUCAGUUUUAUCGUUGGUUCAAUGGGUUAUCUCCGUUCUUGACAAAGGCGAUAUAAGCCAUAUCUUAGAUGAACGUCUGCAAGAAGUUGAGAACCUAAAUUCUGUUUGGAGAAUAACAGAUAUAGCUAUGUCAUGUGUGAAGCCAACUGCAGUCGAAAGGCCUACAAUGAGUCAAAUUGUCGCAGAUCUCAAAGAAUGCUUAGCUAGAGUUACGGGGAAUGUUGCAAGGGCACCCAACGAUACCCUUGAGAUGAGCCUAGCAAGCGUAUCCACAGAUAUGGUUCCGUCAGUUCGAUAAUGAG